GACCGAAGAGAAGGAAGCAAAGGAGGAAGCUAGCAGUUCCCUGCUCAACCCCAGCCCCACACCCAGGGCAACCAACAGCCUUGGCUCGGCUCCGGCCCUCCGCCGACCCGACUGCAUCCUCCCUCCCGAAACCGUCUGUCGCCAGGUCCUGCUCCGGAAAGCCAUGGCUGGUGUCUUCUCCCGUCUGCCAUCCGCCCGCCAGGGGCUCAGGCUCCUGGCUGUGGCCGGCGCUGGGUCCCUAGUCGCUGGGUUUCUGCUCCGCCCGGAACCUGUGCGGGCCGCUCGCCAGCAGCGCCAGCGCCGGAGACUAUAUCCUCCAAGCGCUGAGUACCCGGACCUCCGAAAGCACAACAACUGCAUGGCCAGUCACCUGACCCCAGCAGUCUAUGCACGGCUCUGCGACAAGACCACACCUACCGGUUGGACGCUAGAUCAGUGCAUCCAGACUGGAGUGGACAACCCCGGGCACCCCUUCAUCAAGACUGUGGGCAUGGUGGCUGGAGAUGAGGAGACCUAUGAGGUAUUUGCUGAGCUAUUCGACCCUGUGAUUCAAGAGCGACACAAUGGAUAUGACCCCCGGACCAUGAAGCACACCACAGACCUGGAUGCUAGUAAGAUCCGUUCUGGUUACUUUGAUGAGCGGUAUGUAUUGUCCUCAAGAGUCAGAACUGGCCGAAGUAUCCGAGGACUGAGUCUGCCUCCAGCGUGCUCCCGGGCCGAGCGGCGAGAAGUGGAACGUGUCGUGGUGGACGCGCUGAGUGGCCUGAAGGGUGACCUGGUUGGACGUUACUACAGGCUCAGUGAGAUGACGGAGGCUGAACAGCAGCAGCUUAUUGAUGACCACUUCCUGUUUGAUAAGCCCGUGUCCCCGCUGCUGACUGCAGCAGGAAUGGCUCGAGACUGGCCAGAUGCUCGUGGGAUCUGGCACAACAAUGAGAAGAGCUUCUUGAUCUGGGUGAACGAGGAGGACCACACGAGGGUCAUCUCCAUGGAGAAGGGUGGCAACAUGAAGAGAGUGUUUGAAAGAUUCUGCCGGGGCCUCAAAGAGGUGGAGCGGCUGAUCCAGGAGCGUGGCUGGGAGUUCAUGUGGAAUGAGCGCUUGGGAUACAUCUUGACCUGUCCGUCUAACCUGGGGACUGGACUUCGCGCCGGAGUGCACAUCAAACUACCCCUGCUGAGCAAAGACAGCCGAUUCCCAAAGAUCCUGGAGAACCUGAGACUGCAGAAGCGAGGUACCGGAGGAGUAGACACUGCUGCCACGGGCAGCAUCUUUGACAUCUCCAACUUGGAUCGGCUGGGCAAGUCAGAGGUGGAGCUCGUACAGCUGGUCAUCGAUGGAGUGAACUAUCUGAUUGACUGUGAGCGGCGUCUGGAGAGAGGCCAGGACAUCCGCAUCCCUGCACCGCUAAUCCACAACAAACAUUAACUCCCCAUCUGUGGCAGAUGCAUCGGGAUCCCCAGGACUUCUGCCCAUUUAGUGGUAGAUGAUCCCGCUUGCCCUGGGCCUGCCCCCCGACCUCCAUCCCAGUAAAGACUCCUUGCCAUGCU